CCCAUUGGCCUGGGCGUGAUCCCUCCCAUUGCCCCGCCUCCCUUCCCGCGGAUUGGUCCUAGGAAGGACCCGUCUGUCGCGGUUGUAUCUGGGAAGGAGAGAAAAUGGCGGCGGAGCCGAGCAAGACCGAGAUUCAGACUCUCUUCAAGAGGCUCCGCGCGAUACCGACCAACAAGGCAUGUUUCGAUUGCGGCGCCAAGAACCCGAGCUGGGCCAGCAUCACGUACGGCGUGUUCCUGUGCAUCGACUGCUCGGGGGUGCACCGCUCCCUGGGCGUGCACCUGAGCUUCAUCAGGUCCACGGAGCUGGAUUCCAACUGGAACUGGUUCCAGCUGCGCUGCAUGCAGGUCGGGGGCAAUGCCAACGCGACGGCCUUCUUCCGCCAGCACGGCUGCACCACUAACGAUGCCAACAGCAAGUACAACAGCCGGGCCGCCCAGACGUACCGAGAGAAGAUCCGGCAGCUGGGCAGCGCCGCCCUGGCCAAGCACGGCACCGACCUCUGGAUAGACACCGUGAGCAGUGCCCCCGGCCAUUCCCCGGACAAGAAGGACUCGGAUUUCUUCACUGAGCACACCCAGCCUUCGGCCUGGGCAGUGCCAGCCUCCGAGCCUCGGGUCCCCGAGCAGCCUCCGUGCCAGCCUGUGGAGAGCGGCGUCCCCACCCAGCCGAAGCAGGGUCCCACAGCCGACCUGCUCAGCACGUCUCCCAAAGCUUCGCUGGACUCCAUGUUUCUGUCAGCCCAGGGGUCCGCUCCUGCCAGAGAGUUGAAGUCCUCCAUCAUUGGCAAAAAGAAGCCGGCGGCGGCAAAGAAAGGGUUGGGUGCCAAGAAAGGGCUGGGCGCCCAGAAGGUGAGCAGCCAGAGCUUCAGCGAGAUCGAACGCCAGGCCCAGGUGGCCGAGAAGCUUCGGGAGCAGCAGGCGGCCGAGGCCAAGAAACAGGCCGAGGAGUCGGUGGUCACGUCCAUGCGUCUGGCCUACCAGGAGUUGCAGAUUGACCGCAAGAAAGAGGAGAAGAAGCUCCAGAGCCUGGAGGGGCAGAAGCGGGAGCAGGCAGAGCGCCUGGGCAUGGGCCUGGUGUCCCGAAGCUCCGUCUCCCACUCGGUGCUAUCAGAGAUGCAAGUGAUUGAGCAGGAAACGCCAGUGAGUGCCAAGUCCUCGCGGUCCCAGCUGGACCUCUUCGAUGACACUGGCAGCUUUGCUUCUGGACCCCCUAAGUAUAAGGAUAACCCCUUUUCUCUGGGAGACGGCUUUGCUUCCCGCUGGGACACGGACGCCUCCUGGAGCGUGGACAGGCUGGAGGAGAAGGAGCCGGAGGUGACCAUCUCUAGCAUCCGGCCCAUUGCAGAAAGACCCACAAACCGCAGAGAGGUUGAGAGCCGGCCAUCGGCCGUGGAAUCCAACGAAGCCCGUCAGAAGUUUGCGGGUGCCAAAGCCAUCUCGUCCGACAUGUUCUUCGGGAGGGAGCUGGAUGCCGAGUACGAAGCCCGUGCCCGGCUGCAGCAGCUCUCGGGCAGCAGCGCCAUCAGUUCUGCGGACCUCUUCGGGGAGGCGGACGGAGCCCAUGGAACAGCAGGCGUGUCUCUGGGGAACGUGCUCCCUGCGGCCGACAUCGCCCAGUUCAAACAGGGAGUGAAGUCUGUGGCCGGGAAGAUGGCGGUCCUGGCUAACGGGGUGAUGAAUUCUCUGCAGGACCGUUAUGGCUCCUACUGACCUCGGGCCCGGGGUGGCUCCCGGUGGCAGUGGCGGUGGCAGCAGUAGUGGCAACGCCAGCAGCAACAGCAAGAGAAAUCUGUGUUCCCUUGAGCAGGGAUGCUAGCCCCAUGGUAGUUGUGGGGGGUGUGUGUGUAUGUGCGCGCGCGCAUGCGUGGGCACGCCAGCGUCGGGCGAAGGGAAGGGCCAACGCCAGCCCCUCGUCCCCUCCCGCCCCCUCGCCCCCAUCCCCUUCCUGUCCGACCCUCUCCUCCUGGGUGCUAGGUCAGUGUCCCCCUUCCUUCCUGCCCGCCCUCCCUCCACCACAGCUGCUGCUCCCCGUGUUCCGCUGUGCUGGAGAGGGAGAGCUUUCUCGAGUGUCUCCCGGGGCCGGGCGUCUCCACUCUGUUCCCUGCCUCCCCGCCCUGAGGAAGGGAAGCUCCGAGGGUCUCAGGGUCUCUGUAGUUAAGGCUGGGAGGCGUCCCUUUGGACCGGCUGGCCGCCUUUCAGACCAGAGGGGAAAUUCGGCUCGGUCCUUGUACUGUCUGGGCUCCCGAGGGCGGGAGGGAGGCCGGCCUGGACAGAGGCCCCAGGAAAGAGUCUGCUCCCGGGGCGCUGGGAGGGGAGAGCCCUUGCUUGGAGCUGCCUCUGAGGGCUAGGACUGGAUCCGUCAUCUACGAGCGCUCGGUGUGGAGGCCCCUGUGAUUUCCCUCCUGCACCCCCACCCCUAUUUGCACUAAUCACUUCUGCCUUCACGGGGGGGAAGCCAUGUCCCUUCCUCUCCCCUCCUCGGCUGGGCUGUGCCCUGGGUCAGGGGUCGCAGCUCCGCCCGCUUCACCCACUGUCCCAGGGCCCGGGCGUCGUGCCACAGCUUUGGAUGCCGCGAAGCCCCACAACCCGGCCCCUGCCUGGGUCCUCUCCAGGGGUCCGAGCUGUGGUCUCGGUGCUGGGGCAGGUACAGCCCGGGUCCCCCCAUCCCCCUUCCUGCCUAGCUGCUGCUGGGAGCAGUGAGAGCCUGGGAAGGGGGCAGGCUCUGGGGCAGAGUUCUGCUUUCCCCUCGUGGGCACUCGGCGGUGUGCACUGCGCCCCCGCUCCGAGGCACCUGCGACCGGCCGCCGAGGGCCACGGAGCUGCUGGGCAUCCUGGGACACUCUCCUUCCCCCCUUCCCCCAAAGGGACAUGACUUGCUUUACGGACUGUUUGUAUUAUUUGAAAAAAGCGGUGUCAAUAAAGCCCAAGCUGGGCCCAGGCCCUCUUUGGUCUGAGCGGAGAA